AUGGAGAGUUUCAAGGAUAAAAAUCUUUCCAACAGUAUUUUUUUCCUUGAGCUUUUGAGUGCUGUUGAGCCAAGAGUGGUCAAUUGGAGUCUAGUUACUAAAGGAGAAACUGAUGAUGACAAGAAGUUGAAUUCAACAUAUAUCAUCAGUGUCGCCCGAAAACUUGGAUGCUCCAUUUUCCUGUUACCUGAGGACAUUAUAGAGGUAAACCAGAAGAUGAUACUUACUAUAUCCGCUAGCAUCAUGUACUGGAGUCUGCAGCAUUCUGAAGAAAACAGCAGCCCAGAGUCAUCGCCCGUAGCUUCAUUAGAUGGCGAACAAGAAACAUAUUUAGUCAAUGAGGUAUCCGAUUUAGCCAUUGAUGAUAAUGCUUCAGAGAAACCCAGCUCUCCUUAA